AUGUGUCGAGUGCGGAAGUCUGAAUACUGCGAAACAACCACAUUGCAGAAAGUGAAACGAAAACGACAUGUUGAUGACGACAUUCAUGGGUUGCCCGGAAUCACAUAUUUCCAAGAUAUUCCGCGAAAUUUCCUGAAUCAGUCUGGAAGCUCUCCUACUAUGGACUGUCGUGGCUCUUCUCACUCUCGGUCCACACCUGCAUCAGCAACAUCAACUCAUUCAAAGAUCCACUGUCGAUGUGGGACGGUUGGUCCCAUGGCGAAUCGCCUCCUAUUACAUCCAGCAAUUCGUGUCAUCUACGCAACCCAAGCCUCGUUCUACAUCCAUUCCGUCUAUGCUACUUUAUAUCUGGAUCCUUGGCGAAAAGAUUCUUGGCUGAUGUUCAUCCAUCACUUCAUAGCGCUGUCGAUGCUGUUACUUAGCUAUGUGGACAAUUUUACUCUCUGUGGAGCACUAUUGCUAUUUCUGCAAGACAGUUCGGAUGCGAUGCUGGAAAUGGCAAAAAUGAAUGCUAACCUGACGAGACGGAGAAAGGAUGGUGUUUACUAUAAGUCCAUUGACUUUGCCGGCAGCACCGUAUUCGUGCUGUUCGCCGCUAAC